AGCAGUGCCAGAGACGGUGUGAUUUAAGGCGGGGCGGGGGUCGGGUCGGGUCGGGUCACCAUGUUCAGCUGGCUGUCCGGGCCCGACGCCUCUCACAAGGACGCGAUGGUGUUUGAGACGGUGGCGGACGGGCUGCGCUCCCUGUACCACAAGAGGCUGCAGCCCCUGGAGGAUUACUACCACUUCCACCAUUUCCAUUCGCCCGCUCUGGAACAGGCUGACUUCGAGAACAAACCUAUGGUGCUGCUUAUUGGGCAGUACUCGACCGGCAAGACCACCUUCAUCAGAUACCUCCUGGAGCAGGAUUUUCCAGGGAUGAGAAUUGGACCUGAACCAACAACAGAUUCCUUCAUUGCUGUGAUGCACGGAGAAGCAGAAGGGAUAAUUCCUGGCAAUGCACUUGUUGUAGAUCCCAAAAAACCAUUCCGAAAACUGAAUUCUUUUGGAAAUGCUUUCCUAAACAGGUUCAUGUGUGCCCAGCUGCCAAAUCAAGUCCUGCAGAGCAUUACUAUUAUUGACACACCAGGUAUCCUCUCUGGGGAGAAGCAACGCAUGAGCAGAGGAUAUGACUUUUCUGAAGUUUUGCGAUGGUUUGCCGAAAGAGUUGAUCGCAUAAUCCUGCUCUUUGAUGCCCACAAAUUGGAUAUAUCUGAUGAGUUUUCAGAGGCUAUCAAGGCACUAAAAGGCCAAGAUGACAAGAUCCGUGUUGUUCUGAACAAGGCAGACCAAGUAGAUACACAGCAACUGAUGAGGGUGUAUGGUGCAUUGAUGUGGUCUCUUGGCAAAGUGAUUGACACUCCUGAGGUCGUCCGCGUCUACAUUGGAUCCUUCUGGUCAAAACCCCUACAGAUUACCGAAAAUCGAAAGCUCUUUGAAAUGGAAACAGAGGACCUCUUCAAGGAUAUUAAGGGCUUACCUCGAAAUGCUGCACUGCGCAAACUUAAUGAUCUCAUCAAAAGAGCCAGACUUGCCAAGGUUCAUGCCUACAUCAUCAGUCACUUAAAGAAGGAAAUGCCAGCUAUGUUUGGAAAAGAUGCAAAGAAAAGAGAAAUGAUAAGCAGACUUCCAGAGAUAUACGUGAGCCUCCAGCGGGAGCAUAAUAUCUCUGCCGGUGAUUUCCCCAAUGUACACAAAAUGCAGGAUAUGUUGCAAUCAUAUGACUUCAACAAAUUUCACAGUCUAAGACCCAAGUUGUUGGAGGCGGUGGAUGAAAUGUUGGCCAACCACAUUGCCCAGCUGAUGAACUUGAUACGGCAUGAAGAAGCAAGCAAGCCAGCGCAGGCUGUGAUGGGUGGUGCAUUUGAUGGCAACGUUAAUGGGCCCUUCAAUGAAGGCUACGGUGAAGGAGCUGAAGCAGGAAUAGAUGACAGUGAGUGGAUUGUGGCAAGGGAGAAGUCAAAAUAUGAUGAAAUUUUCUACAUGCUCUCACCAAUUAAUGGCAAAAUUAAUGGGAACAAUGCAAAGAAGGAAAUGGUUAAGUCUAAAUUGCCAAACAUAGUCUUGGGGAAGAUCUGGAAACUGGCUGACAAUGAUCACGAUGGAAUGUUGGAUGACGAGGAAUUUGCUCUUGCCUGUCAUCUGAUAAGCAUAAAACUUCAAGGCUAUGACCUGCCUCUUGAAUUACCAGAGCACCUCAUACCUCCAUCCCAAAGAAAGAAUUGAGUUUAUUUUGCAAUUUAGGUUAGAGACCAAUUGGUGAAGGGAUGGAAGAAACAGCAGUUAAUUCAAGGGAAUGAUAAAAUGGCCUGCAGGUUCUGCUUCAAAAGCGUCUGUUAAUUUUAAGCUAAACUAGACAUUUAAGCAUCUUUGUUAAAACAAUUGCUAAUGUAUUUCAACAGAGCUGUGAAACCUGAUAGUGCACACUGUAGCUACUAAAUCGUACAAUGUCCCCAGAGUGCAAUGUCAGCACUUGGUGCAGCAUAUGUUAAAUUGAUUGAAAGCUUCCCUAGAAUUUUCUUUCUGAUCUGAUAUCUCUUGACUGGUUACAGCCAUGCAAAGACCUUUCUAUUCUUUGAGUGGUGUAAAACCUUUUUUUUUUCCCUACUUGUUGCCUCUACUUAUCUGGGUUGCUGGGAAAACUGAACUAGUUUGAUCUGGGUUGGUCCAACCAAACAAGAAACUUUAUGUUUGUGAACAAACUGGUAAUGUGUAUCAGCCCAUUGGGUCAGUGUUUGUCACAGGCUUCAUCUUUUGCAUAGAAUUUCGUGACUGAAUUGUUGGCAACCAUGUAUGGUAAAACAUCUUGCUUAAAGAAACUUGGCAUCAUAAGAUGGAAGCUCGAGACAGUUCUCCAGGUUGAACGGUUUAGAUUUGACUUUUGGCUCAUUCAUUCUGCAAGUGUUGUCAAGUCUCAUCAGUACAAUCCAUAGCGUUCAUUCAAUGGCUACAUUUACAAAACCAUUUUAAAGCUUCCUGGAGAAAAAAUUGUGUUGAGUUAAAUUUUGAAAUUGCAUUCUAUCUCCAAAUAAUUUAUUAAUUCUAACAAAGGCAAAAACGAUGAAAGAAAUAAUUUAAUGUGCUGUUCUGGACAUUGGCAACACCAAGCACCAGCAGUUGCAAGGAGACACAGGUCAAAUCCCAGGAUUUGAACCGUGGAGAAUGAAAUAUUUGAAUUCAAUUGAAUUACUUGAAACAAUAUACAGCUACACCUGAUCUUAAGGAGGCAUGCACAUAGAUGUGAAAGAGUAAUAUAUAUCAUGCCUAUUGCCUGAUGUUCUGAAACACCAGCUAAUGCUACCAGAGGAAUGAUAUACGCUGAUAAAUUUAUAUUUUAUCAUGCAUUUGCUUUCCAGAAAAAUAAUCUGAUCUUCACAAUUGCAUGUGAAUCAUUAAAAUUUGGAAUAAACUGUCCUGAAAAAUCCAAAUUAAACUGGAUCUUUAUUGGCUAUGUUCAGUGCUGGUGGUUAAGGAAGAUGUUUGGGAGAUGGCAAGUUUUUAUGAAACUACGUUGCCUUUUUGAAACCGACCAAAAUCAACUCGGCUGAGUGUCAUGAAAAAUCAACUUGAAAUGUUAUCAUGUUUGACAUUAUUUUUGUAAAAUUGUCAGAAUAAUUGCCAAAUGUAUACAGAAUAUAUACACAUUUGUGCUACUAAUAUUUCUCCAUGACUACAUUAUUCUGUUGCACAUUUAAACAAUGUACGUAAUCAGUAAACUGUAAAUACCUUCCUAAUCUUCUGUAAUUUCUUAACAGGCUGAAGUGCUGAAAAUCGUAAUUUCAGAGCUGAUGAGAUCAUUUUGGUUAAAAUGCAAUUGCAAACUGCUUCACGCCCAGAAUUUGUAGGAAGUGUUCCAUUUUUAAACUCAGCGGCUUCUGUGCAGUACAGGGACAAACCUGAUUUAGGUCAGUUUUUUUUUCAACAUUGAUGAUGUGACUGCAAUUUUUCACAGAAUCUUUGUUGCAGUUUAUGGAGUAUAGAUGACUUAAGUAUAUUUAUAUUUUCUUAGACCUUUUAAAGUUUUAGGACGGCAUGUAGAAUACUGACUGUGGCAAAUGUGCUGGCACUACCUCUAACCUUCAGUAAGAUUUUGUACCAUGUUGAAUGGAACGCCCCUCGCAACUCUCGAGAGGGAUUGAUGCAUCUUUUUUAUUUAACUAAAGAUGUAGCUGGGAGAAACCAGCUGAUGACAGCAGUGAAAGUGGGGUGGAGCUAUUGUGUAUAACCUCACACUGCCAAUGAAGAGCAAAGCAUCAAUGUUCCCACUGAUAUAUCCGACUUCCAAACUUCAUUCCUGGAUCUGGAGCUUUAUUUCCAGGCAGUUUUAGUACUUUGGUGUAAAGAUGGAGCCAGCCCUUUUCCUGAACUGGUAAUUCCUAAGUUAUAAGUGGGAUACAUUACAUGUAAUUCAUUACAUUGUUCUGCCUAUAUAUUGUGAUGGCUGUCUUUUUGUUUCAGAUUUUUGACCAGAAUUUCACUUUAUUUUGUAAUUGUUUCAAAUAGCAUCACUCUCCAUAAAAUAAGUUUGUGAGUACUAUCCUAGCCAUCCAGUUAGUAACACUAGUUAUAACUUGUGUGCAUUCCUACGGUAUUCUGACCAAUUAUUUUAAGCAUCUGUUCCAAACAACGGGUUGUAAAAGCUUGGAACUGAAUUGCUACCCCAUUUCUAAACUGCAAACAUGAAGAUAUCUUUAGACAAUGAGCAAACUGAGCCAAAUGGUGGCUGCCACCAACAGGCUGUUUAAUGAAAUGGUGUCUUCAUUGCAGAGAUGUGCUCAGUGCAGUAACUGUGCUUUAUCUGCUUAUACUGUAUAUUAGUGAAGAUAAUUGCCAGAAAGGGUGCUUGGCUAAUGCAUGUCUACUUAGAAUAGCAGCCAUGAAUCCAGAGUUAACUAUGCAUUUAAAAACAAAUUCUGGGAAAUAACAGGAGAUUGCGUUAAAUUUACAGUACAGGUUCUUCUAUAGCUGAAGACUAUUGAAAUGACAUCCAGUCAAAUACUGGCUGAGAGUCCAGUGUUCUUGGUCAUGAUUAUACCUGAUGUUUGAUGCGGACAUUGUUCAAAUUGCAGAAAUUAUAUAUUUUUAAAUAUAGUUUUAACUGGAAAAUAUUCUUUAUUAAUGGAAUAUAUUCUUCCUACAAUGAGCCAGCAUCGUGGUAUGAUAGAUUUCCUUCCAAUUAUAAGAUGUUUCAUUGUUUGUUCCAAUGCAAUACUGUGAACUAGUGCCUACUGCUGUCUGGGUGUUGGUGGUGUGAAGAAUGUUGGUUGAAUUGAAGAAUGAGUCGCCCAUGGGGUGGGCGGUUCAUUGAAUUUCGACGUCCUACUGUCCUUACUGUCCAUUGACCGUUGCUGCUACAAAACAAAACCUUGUCUGUCAGGCUAGUCUUGUAACUUAAAGAGUACAUCAAUAGGUAUUUUGGUCUUUACAAAAUAUAUGAGAUUAUACGGGGAGGGAUCUAGCAGAGCAAAAAAAUGAACAGUAUACAAGCAUCAAAGAUGUCUGGAUAUCUGUUUUUUAAGCAUGUUUUAAAAUUGCUAAUUAAAAUGUAAACUUUGUUUCUCUUG